AUGCGAGGAGCCGUGAAAUUUACAUCCAAUCGGCCAUCAUCGACUCGAUUCCUCCCCAGGCUUUCGCAUGCGCCGCCCGCGAGGCUACGACGCUAUUCCCAGCACUCGUCUGCCCUAGCUCGCCUAUCUAUUACUCCAAGGAAGGAAAGUAUUCUGCAUCAGGCUCCUGGAGUCGCUCCUAGAAGCCCUGGUUGGAAUCAAUGGCGAGCACUCUCUGCUGGGAAUCCGAGUUCCUUGCUGCAGCCAUCACAAUGGAGAGAAUACGGGAGUCUAGGGCAGGCGCGGCAGCGACAUGAUGCAUCUUCGGACCUCCUGUCAUCGAACGAAGCCCUCGCGGCAAGAAUCAAUAAGAGUCUUCAAGAGGCAGAGAUUGAAAUCCAACCAUACGAUGCCGCCACAUGGGAGGCCGUCUGCGAUAUAUUAUCUGACAAGCAUGGGUCUGACGGGGUCUGGGCGGUUUUUCAAGCUAUUUGGUACCGGGAGAAACACGAUACCAUCGCAUUUAGCGAUGCCGAGCCUCUGCGUGGUAAGAUUUUAUUAGCUGCGCUGGGUUCGGAUUCACGGCUCUCUGUGCUCUUCACAGCAGCCCAGCAACUGCUGGCACAGAACAGUUUCCAAUGGCCCGAUUUAUACACGACAAUUGUUCGAUUUUUCCUGGAACGUGGCGAAUAUGAAGAGGCAAUUCGCUGGGAUCAGCGGUUGAGCCCCAUCUUUCCACCUGGGGCGGAUGAAUUUGGAGCUUUGCUGGCAACCUUUGUUAUUAAGCCCACUCCUGAGAUGCAAAGCACCUUGACGACGCUUUAUGUAUCAAGUGCCAACCGUCAAUUAUAUGACUAUAUCAUACCAGCUCUCUACUCUUCUGGUCAGUCGAAGUUGGCCCGUACCUGGCGCAAAAAACUAGUCGUGUUCAAGGAUGUUCCAUUGACAUCUAAUUCUCGGCCGUUUCUACUAUUUCUUGCCAGCUACUAUCCGCAUAUACAGCUCACAGAGAGUGAACUAGCUGUUGCCGAGCUCGACCGCCAAAAAUUAGCUGCUGAAGCUGACGACGAUGAGUCGUUCCCCGAAAACGAUAGAAAGAGAAUCAACAAAAGGGGCACCCACAGCGACGCUCUCGUUGCAAAGUGGUUUGCGAGUACAUGGACAUCCGUCGAGUUUGCCAUCAACUUUAUAUAUAAGCUCGGAGUUCGCACAAUUGGACCUCGCUCUCUACAAUCUCUUGCGCUGCGAGACCCAGACGCCAAGGAAGUUGCGGCUCGUAUAGACCAGGUCGAGAGGCUGGGGAUCAGAAUAUCCUCUCAGUCAUAUUGCAAGAUUCUUGUUUCAUUUGCAAGGAAUGGGGCAGACGAUUUGCUAAUGGAUCUACUCCAUUGCGAUAUUCACCCGGAUGAAUUUGAAGAUAUGGAAACUCGACACUCCCUUAUGGCUGAGGCUGCGAGGACCGGGGAUUGGAAGAUGGAGCGACUCCUCCAGGGUAUCGAAUGGGCAAUCGAGACUGGACCAACAUCUCGACGUCUCAAUUCACUGCUCAGGAGCGAGCUUUCCAAGCGGAGUUUGGGCAAAGCGAAGGAGGUCCUUGAUCGUAUGGAAGCGCUGAAAAUCAGCAUGGCCCAAGCCAGUGCAACUGGACUCCUUAAGCGUGUUUUCUGGAAGCUCGACUCUCAUCCUCCCCGAUCGCAAAGACCUCUACACAGAGACCACGGAUUCAAUGAUUCCGAUGAUCCUAUUUUGGACCGAGCCCUCAACGUCAUCCGACGCAUUUCUUGCCAUGACGUCGCCAUUCCUACAAGAUAUUGGAAAACUCUCCUCUACAAACUGGGACGCUCGAGGCGUCUUGACGAGCUCGACCAGCUAAGCUUGGAAAUCAUGCAAUUCUACACUCCUCCUUACGGAGGGCUGGUUCCGGUGCAUCGGGAAGACUUGCCGAAGCACUUCAACACCGAGGAAAAGGAGUAUAUAGCUGCCGACUUGCCAUUCGUCCACCAUCACCACCCCAUUCGGCUGAUAUUCGACCCCUCGCUACAGCGCUCUAUCGUGAGAUGGGGAUUCGACCAGACGCUGGCAACUAAACCCCGGCAACCAACCUCUCACACACAUCUACAGACUGCAAACUUUUCGCAAUUUGAUGUCGCCCGCGGAGUUCGCUUAUUGGCUACACUACGAGAUCAGGGGGCUUUGAUUGACACGCAGGUUGUGCGCUCGAGUGUCAUCUCUCGUAUCGCUACCGGAAUGGUCCCCGGACGACCUAGGCAUCGAGCGAGAGACAGCGUUGAAUUCUCUAUGGAGAGUCUGAUGGGUCUGGUUGAGAAGGCGUGGGGUUCAGAAAUGUUCCCUGAUAUGCCGAGAGUGAAGCAAGAAGUCGAAUCUCGGAAAUCAAAGCUAUGGAACCAAUAUCCGAGGUUAAUCGACAAGACAUUCGAUAAAAACGGCACAUGA